GCGCUCCGCAGUGAACAAGUGGGCCUGAAGAUCAGCGGCAAUCCGCGGCGUGGGCGAUUCGCGAGUGUGCCAAUGGCCAGCGAAGCGCGGCGCCCCCGCGAGUGGUUUCCUCAGCUACCAUGCAAUUCGAAUGAGGAUUCGCUUUCUUGCUGCUUUUCUCUAUGCUGGUAAUCAGGAGAAGAAGAAAAAACUGUCGAAUGAACCAAAAGUGCUUCAGUGAGACUGAGAAAAGACUAUUCAGCAAUGCAUCUUCAGCUCAAUUAGCAUCCAAGCAUGAGAGAAUUAUGUGUUAAAUAUCACCCCUGUGGAUGUAAAUUGGCGUGGCAUUCGUGCUUGUGUGAUGAAAACGAGAAUAUCGAAAGUUUGGUGCUUGCGCGGGUGAAGAUAGUUGAGAAUAAUGGGCGCGACGGAAGGGUAAAAUUGGAUAGGAAUAAAGAGUUAACGCGAAAAGUAAUUUAUCCAUUGGAAUAGAGCUUUUUGCGCGUGUUUUUACGGUGCUCAAGUGGGCGGGAGAUCAAUUAAUAAUUUCGAAAGGUGCUACCAUAGAAAAAAAAAACUCUAUAAAGUCUUUUGUGGGAAAGGAGCAAAUUAUGGCGAAAACGUCGAGGAGGGAGAGCCAGAGGGAGGCAAUGACAGAUGUCGACUUGGACUGGGAGGAGCACGGAAAAUUUCCCGCUGUGAGCUCGAAAGUGCCGCUGUCGAGUGCAGACGGAGGCAAUGCAGAUACAUUUCCAGAACGCGGAAAUUGGACGGGAAGAUUCGAUUUUCUCCUCUCACUCCUCGGUUACUCAGUGGGACUGGGAAAUGUGUGGAGAUUUCCCUACUUGGCCUACAAUAACGGCGGCGGCGCUUUCCUCAUCCCCUUCUGCAUAAUGCUGGUCAUCGCGGGUCUACCGCUGAUGUUCAUGGAGCUGUCCUUCGGUCAGUUUGCCGCUCUGGGGCCGGUGGCCAUCUACAAGCGCUUCUGUCCACUCCUGGCCGGCCUGGGCAGUGGCAUGAUCAUCGUGUCGUUUGUGGUGAUGCUGUACUACAACGUCAUCAUCUGCUGGACCAUCUUCUACAUGACGGCCUCCGUCACGACCAGCAACCUUCCGUGGCAGAGCUGCGAGCCCGAGUGGAGCACAAAGUAUUGCUUUUCAUACGCAGAAGCAGACUUCUGUGAGGCCAUUAAUGGAACAUACUAUUUGAGGAAUUGCUACAAUAAUUCCAUGCUGAAGGAGCUAAAUAUCACCAAAUUGGCCCUUGAGAUGCCCAAAAGACCACCAGCUGAAGAGUAUUUCACAAACUACGUGCUGGGACUGUCUAAUGGCAUCGAGGAGACUGGAAACAUCAAGCUCAGUCUCGCUCUGGCCCUCCUUGUCGCCUGGAUCAUUGUCUUUCUCUGCCUCUGCAAAGGUGUUCAAUCAUCGGGAAAGGUCGUCUACUUCACUGCACUCUUUCCGUACAUCGUGCUCGUGAUACUGUUCGUGCGCGGCGUAACUUUGCCAGGUGCGAUGGAAGGCAUCAAGUUCUACCUGACGCCAGACUGGAAUCAGCUCUGGAAUGCUCAGGUGUGGGGCGAUGCGGCGGUGCAGAUCUUCUUCGCCCUGAGUCCGUCCUGGGGCGGCCUAAUAACUCUGUCGUCCUACAACAAGUACAACAACAACUGCUACAAAGACUCGAUGAUUGUGGCGUUUUCCAACAUUACAACAUCUUUCUUCGCUGGUCUCGUCAUAUUCUCCAUCAUCGGCUUCCUGGCGCACGAGCUGCACGUGGACGUGAAGGAUGUGGUCGAUCAAGGAGCGGGUCUGGCAUUUAUCGUCUAUCCCGAAGUCGUGACACGUCUUCCAUUGUCUCCGGUCUGGUCUAUUCUCUUCUUCGUCAUGCUUCUCACUCUAGGAUUGGAUUCUCAGUUCGCUUUGAUGGAAACUGUGACAACUGCGAUUCUCGAUAAGUUUCCCAAAUUGCGUAAAUACAAAAUCUGGGUGGUUCUCUCUGUGUCCAUCGUCGGAUACUUGGGCGGUCUAGGAUUUACUACAAAUAGUGGCAUGUUUUGGCUUCAAUUGAUGGACAAGUACGCUGCCAACUGGUCAGUUCUCCUGAUUGCCAUCACAGAGUGCAUUCUCAUCGCCUGGAUGUAUGGUUCGGAGCGCUUCCUGGAAGAUAUCCAGAGCAUGAUCGGGCAGCGAUCGAGAAUAUGGGUUCUCUUCUGGUCCUGGAUGUGGAAGGCUGUAACACCACUUGCUCUCUUGUUCAUCCUGUUCUUCAAUUGGGUUGAGUACAAACCCGCUUCUUACGGACACUACGUCUAUCCUCUGUGGGCAGACGCAAUUGGAUGGACCAUUGGACUGCUUCCCAUUCUUGUGAUCAUCUUAAAUGCCAUUCAACAGAUUAUCCUAGCUCCACACAAUCUCACGUUUAUUAAGGUAAGUCAGGCAAUUUAUUAUGUGCUUCACUGUCUUGAGAUGUGUUCUCUCCCGAAGAAAAUCAAGUUGCUGAUCAAACCCACGCCUGAAUGGGGCCCAGCUGGGAAUCCGUGUUUCGUCAGCCAUUCGCGGAGAUAUGAGAACGUGGCCAACACUGUGGUGCUUGUGAACGGAAUGCCAAUUGACGAUGACGGCAAUGAGAAUGAGGACGAGGGACUGCAGCUCUGAGAACGAGCUCUGGUCCCAUCGUCCUCCGUGGCAAGGAAUGACGAUGACGACCAGAGAGAUGUGACACUCGUGGAGAAGUGCGAACCCGUGACUGUGGGCAUCCUGAAGGGUGUGCGCGCCACUGGCGUGAGUCCGAGCAAGCAGCCACUCAUCCAGAGUGAUCAGGAGACAGAUUGCAGCCCACCAAAUCGCCCGCGCGCGCACUUCAAGAAGAACUAAUGAGUGUCACAGCGUCUAGAUAGGCUUAAAUAUUGUGCAAUCAAAACACGAUUUGACACGUGAGUAUAGCGACUCAAACUUACUAUCCCAAUUCUGAACCGCAUUAAAGAAAAAAAAAAACUUCAACCUGACCGGAAUAGAAUGUUCCUCCUUAUAGAAAAAAUUGAAUUGGCAUCGCGGUAUUUUUUCGGUGUAUUUUUGAAUGUCUAUGACUGGGAUAGUAUUUUUCCCAAGUUUUCCUUUCUAGAUGAAAUGACAUGGUCUUAUAUUUUGAAAUGUGUACCUUAAAUAUUAACAUAUACAAGAGAAUAUAUACAUAUAUAUAUUUACUAAUGAGUGUUUUGUCCAGAUGUACCUUAAGUUUAAGGCAAAGAGUCAUUCAGCAGCUCCAAUUGUGUGUUAUGAUGGAGCUAAGAAUAGCAACCCAGUAUUAAUAUCCUCCUCACUGAAAGGAUGAUUUUAGAGUCAAUGUUAGAGAAUUGUACCAAUUGUGAACCAACAUAUAAUAGCCUACAUAUAACUAUACACACAACCUUAACUUUGGAUUAUCACAGAAAAGAAUCAACCAAACUGCAAAAACUUAAGUGUACCUGCGUGAGUAGUUUUUCAGAAAGAAGCAAACAUACAGUUUGCUUUCCAAUGGCGAAUGCGCGUGAUGGCGAAAGGUUCGAUGCUUUCAGUAUUAGUGAAACGUUUAACAGACAAUUGGCAAAUAAGGGAGGACAAAUUAGAAUCUUAUGACGUGAAUAGUCAAUGUUAACAAGUUUAGCGGAAAUUUGAUUGUACAGAGAGAGAAAAAGAAACGCAAAAUUUCUAUAAUUUCGAAAUUAUUCAAAUUGAAGAGAACAUUAUAUAUAAAUAUUGUUGAAAUUCGGCAACAGGGCGCAUGUAAAUUGGAAUAUCAAUUUAGUAGGAUUUUUGUCAGAGUUGUUCAAGGCACAACCAGUCAAUUGAUAUCAAGAAAUUAUCAUAACAGUGAGUUGAAAACAUAUUGAAUGAAAUUUAUCAUAUUUCUUUCUACAAUUUUAUCUAAUUAUUCAAUGCCAAACUGUACAGUGUAUUUUUUGAUAUUCGAAUUUGUAUUUUGAAGAAGAUAUUUUUUCACAAAAAAAAAACAUAUUUUAUAGAAAACUUUUCCUGAAAUUCACUGAAUGAUGAAAAAUGAUGAAAAAUAUCAUUUAUGAGGUGAGAAGUAUAUUUUAUUAGACAAUAAAAGGAAUUUGAAAGAGAGAAAAAAAGAGUAUUUUGGAAAGUGUGUUAGAAGAAAAGAGAGAGAGAGAGAAAAAAAUAUUAGCCAAAUUAUAUGUUUGGAAAAUUUGUUGAAAUUAGAUGAGCUUAAUAGAUUUUAUGGAGACUUGGUGUGAAGAAAAUAGCGUUUAAAGAACCAUUGAGAACUGACUUAUUUUUUAAUGCAGCCAAAGUGUGACUGCAAAUCGUCCAAGAAUCGGCGAGAAUAAACCCUUUGAACAAUAUGUGAGUAAAUUUUAUCCAAUAACUAUUGAGCAGAUGAAUGUUCUAAUCCUAAGAUAACUCUCAGAAAUCCCAUAAAGAAUGUCUAUAGUUGUUCCAUAAACAGCAAAAAAAAAAAGUGUAUUUAUCGUGUCCAGAGAUGACAAAAAACUGUGUAAUAUAUAUAGUAAAUAAAGAGUA